GAACUAAACUUUGUUGUUUUGGUCGCAUGUCUCUUUGAUUCUUGCCUUUCCUGCCCUGGUCUGUGCUCUCCUGUUGCGACCAUGCCGGUGCCAUUGACGGAUGCCAUCGUGGUGGGGGGACUGAACCCCGUCGAGGGUAAAAUUGUUUCGGUCCCUUCCCACAAAGCCAUCAACGAGAAAGUCAGCAUCGAUGAGUCUGGUGUUGGGAAAGAAUUAGCUUCCGAAAUUCAAGCCAUUCCGGCAACUGCGCCGUCGAAUGACGGAAACCACGAGAAAGACGACAACAGCGACAAUGCUAUCAUUAUCACCGGUGCCGACGCGUCCCGCUACCUGCUCCCGCUCCGAGAUGACUUCGAUCCUUCGUUAACCUUCCGGAGCAUUUUCCUGGCAACUUGUCUCUCGGCUUUCCAGGCUGUGAUGAGUCAAAUUUACACUUUCAAACCGACCGCCAUCACCAUUUCCGGAACAUUCAUCGUACUCAUCGGCUACUUUGUGGGUAAGGCAUGGGCCAAGACCUUCCCUCGCGGUGACAACCUCGAAGCUCGUUGGAGACAGGAUCAUCCCGAAGGCGAGCUUCCUGCGUACGUCAAGUUCUUCAAGUUCAUCAACCCGGGUCCCUGGGGAUUGAAAGAGCAUGCAAUUUGCUCUAUCACUGCCACAUCUGCGUCCAAUGCGGCCGCUAGUAUUCAGGUAUUCGCGGCACAGGAUCUCUUCUACGACUUGCCUCUGAGUCCGACAACUGUUGUUCUGACCGUCAUCUCCAUCGGCCUCUUUGGCUACGGCAUUUGCGGUGUUAUGCGCCCCAUCGCCGUAUGGCAUGUUGACGCCGUAUAUUGGAGUACUCUUCCUACAGUUAAGACGCUCCAGGGUCUUCAUUGGCAGGAUCUGAAGAACUCCAAGCCUCUCCGUUGGUUUUGGUACAGUUUUGCAGGCAUGUUUGUUUACGAGUUCUUCCCGGCAUACAUCUUUCCGUGGCUGAACUCCGUUUCCAUUCCCUGCCUUGCGGCCAUGAACGCCACAGGCUCAAAGGCUGCUGUUCUCACGAAUCUUUUUGGCGGCUCUAUCAACAAUGAAGGGUUGGGCCUAUUCUCCUUGUCUUUCGACUGGCAAUACAUCACUUCCUUCAACACGUCCCUUCCUCUGACUUUGCAAGCUCACUCUGCCAUUGGAUUCUUCAUUUGUUUCCUUGCAAUGAUUGGGAUUUACUACACAAACGCCUGGGAUGCCAAAUCGCAGCCCUUCAUGUCCACCCGACUGCGGUCCGAGGACGGCACUGCGUAUCCCAUUGCCAAGGUCUUCACUGGGGGUGUGCUCGACCAGGACGCCCUCACCAAGUACGGAAUUCCCAGGCUCACGGGCAGCUUCGCGUACGCAAUGUUCAUGGCCAACGCCGCAAUUGGUGCCCUGGUUGCCCACUGCUUCUUUUUCUGGGGCGGAGACGUGAAGAGAGCCUACCAAAGCGCAAAGAGUGGUAGAUACGACGAUCGCCAUCACGAUCAUAUGACCAAGCAUUACAAGGAGACGCCAUGGUGGUGGUACGUCAUUGUGCUUGUCGCCAGCUUUGUUCUUGGCCUCGUCGUUGUUACCACGCAGAAUGUUACACUUCCAGCCUGGGCAUACGUCGUGUCGCUGCUUCUCGGUAUCUUCAUCGCGCCGCUGAGCACGAUUCUUUACUCUCGAUUCGGUAAUGGAAUUGCUACAAACAACUUAUCGAAGAUGCUGGCAGGUCUCAUCCUUCCUGAGCGUCCCAUUGGCAACAUGUAUUUCGCCGCUUGGUCGCACAACGUCAUCUCGAAUGCUGUUAAUCUUUCCAACGAUCUGAAGAUGGGAGAAUACCUCAAAAUCCCUCCUCGUGUUAUGUUUCUCACCCAAAUCUACGGCACCAUCAUCGGCGGUUUCAUCAACUACGCAGUCAUGAUUUCCAUUGUGAAUGGAAACCGAGAGCUCCUUGUGGAUAGCGACGGAAACAGUUCCUGGAGCGGUGCAACGAUGCAGUCGUACAACACCAACGCCACAUCCUGGGCGCUUGCAAAGUACUUGUACAAGACUGGUGGCAAGUACGCUCUCGUGCCAAUUGGUUUAGGCAUCGGCUUCGGCGUUGUUAUUAUCCAUCGCAUUAUUGCAUACUUUGUCCCCAAGAUCCGCGGUUACUCCUUGUACGAGAUCAACUUGCCCCAACUCAUCCAAUAUGCGGGCUAUAUUCCGUACAACGCGUCUCAGACCUGCGUGCUCUUCAGCUCGCUGAUCAGCGGCUUCUUCGUUCAAUUCUAUCUCCGCAACUACCGCCCCCGUAUCUUCAAGGACUACUCGUACCUAGUCACCGGCGCAUUCGACGGAGCCAGUCUUACAGUACUCUUCAUCUUGUCGUUUGCGGUGUUCGGCGCCGGCGGCCCCUCUGUUCCCUUCCCUACAUGGUGGGGUAAUAAUGCCGACGGCUAUUACGAUCACUGCCCGGCAGCCGAGUAGACAGUCUCUGUGAGACUCAUUCGCUUUUGGUUCACUUCACGAAUAACCGGCCUCGAGUCUCAUUGUUGAAAGAUCUUGAGGCAGGGUUCAGGAUGCACUGGGCACUCUACCAGUAGCAUGGAAGAUUCGGCGAGGGCUAGUGGCUAUCAAGUUGUCCGAAG